GUACAAAAUAUUGAUAUUCCAAUAUUCUUAUAGAUUCGGUACGCUAGAACGAACAUGUUGCAAAUGAGCAUUCAAUAUUUCAGGCUUCAUGCAUCAUGGCGAACAGAGGCGCACUAUGCGCGAGCAUUCAAAGCAUUAUCUGAGCAUCGCAUUAACGUUGUUUCAGGCGCAUGUCGGUUUCCCCGACCCGUCGAUCAGGUCGAGUACUUAUCCCGAGGGCCACGGAAAGGCCUGCGCCAGGACCGAGCUCGACAAGUGUGAGCAACGGCCCUUCCCUCGAGCCCCCCUCCCAUCCGCUCCCCGCUCCCCCCUAUCCUGUUGACAAUUAGAACGCAGCAUCACAAAGAAAUAAGAAUGAAAUUAAGAAAAAUGAAGAAAAUAAAAAAAGAACAACGGACCUAUCGCGGUCCCGCGGAUGUUGAACCCACGACAUGCGAGAAGAGACACCCGGCUAGCGAGCCCUCCCCUCCAGACGACGGCGACCAGCGCACGCCGCCUACCUCAAGCGCGUCGACAGCGAGGGGAGUCCCGUUCUUGGUCACCUCAACCCAAGGUGGAGCACUGUAAAAGGAUGGUCAGCUGCGGUGACGAUCUCAUAGAACACCGC